AUGGCUGUGACAAUGUCUACAAUCACUGUUUCUGUUCCAGGGUAUAUGGCACCUACCCAUUGGGUAUAUACCCAGCACGUCACAAGCAUGACCCCUUCUGUAAUGGUGGGUACUGUACCACAUCCUCCGAAGGUAGAUACAUUUCUACCCCCUCUUCCAGGUUAUGCUGUGGUGUCUCCCCCAGGCACUUAUGUCCCUGAGCCUUCCUGGGUACCAUCUCCCUUGGAUCCUCCUCCAGUAGCCUUCCAGCCUGUAUCAUCUGUAUCUGUGCCUGCUUCUGUCCCAGUCCCUGACUGUGUAGCUGCUGCUCCUGUGCCUUCUGCCCCUUGGCCUGCCAUUACAGUGUCUGCCCCAGUGGCACCUUGGAUGUGA